AUGAACCAAACGUCUGCCGAAGAUUACCUCUACUACGUGAACUUCAGUGGAUAUGAGGAUCAGUGGAGUAGUGAUGAAAGCAAGACAAACCUAAUGUCUUCAGAGGUGAGCAAUUCUAUGAGGGUGAUUUCUCUGGUGGUCUACAGCCUGACGUUUCUCCUCGGCGUUCCCGGAAACAUCUUUGUUGUGUACAUUGCUGGAAUGAAGAUGAAGAGGACCGUUAAUACAGUAUGGUUUCUCAAUCUAGCCACUGCCGACCUCCUGUGCUGCCUUUGCAUACCGUUCAGUAUGGCGGAGAUCCUUCUUGACCAUCACUGGCCGUAUGGAUCCGUCAUGUGCAAGAUUCUCCCCUCUGUUAUAGUUAUUAACAUGUUUGCCAGUGUUUUCACCUUGAACUUGAUUAGUCUUGAUAGGUUCACCCAAGUGAUCACACCGGUUUGGGCUCAAAAUCAUCGCAACUUGUUUCUUGCACGGCUGUCCUGUGUAGUGGCCUGGGUUCUGGCUUUGGUGCUCAGCUUGCCCUUUAUGAUAUUAAGACGAACUUUCACUGAUUAUAACGUCACACUUUGCACAUUUCAUGCUGAGGAAGAAGGUGACUUUGCAACAUCCGGAAUGUUGAGUAUCAUCAGAUUUGUGUUUGGCUUUUUGAUACCGCUCAUAUGCAUCACAUCAUGCUAUGGAGUCAUCGCACGCAAGCUAGGCACGAGUAAUUUUCACUCUGGCCGAGCGUUUCGCAUCAUGUUGGCUGUUAUUCUGGCAUUUUUUCUGUGCUGGCUGCCGUAUCACACGGUGGACUUGAUAAUGAAGUACGGAGGGGAAUCAAGGGACUUGGCUUUGGCCCUGGAUCCAUUGGCCAUCUCUUUGGCGUAUAUCAACAGCUGCCUGAACCCCAUUCUCUAUGUUUUCAUGGGGCAGGAUUUUAAGGACAAAGUUAAACUUUCUCUAAGACGUGUUUUUGAAAGGGCUUUCUCUGAGGAGGGAACGCAAAUGUCACGAUCCACCCAGUCACAACAAAUACACUCAGUGUAGUGAAGAUAUAAACUUUUAUCUG